AUGACUGAGGUCCACGAGUAUGUUCCUGGUUCUGAGAUGGAUCUAGUACCUGAAAUGAAAGGAUUUUGUUCCUCAAUUGUCUUUAUUCCUCGUUCAUUUGUUGAAGAAAAACCAAUUAUUGUGAAACUUUCUGCAAGUGAGAUGAAAAAUUUAGUUCUUAAUAAAGGUUUGAAGGAGGAAUCAGAUGGUGAAUUAGAUGAUAAUGAUACAAAAAAUGAUGAAAAAAUGGAUUGUGAAAUGACUGAUGGUGAAGUAAGUACGAAGAAGGGUGAUGUUGAUGCAGAAGAUGAAAAAACAGCUGAAAAAUAUAAAUUAGAUGAUUAUGACAAAGUUGAGGCACCACUUUUAAUUACAGGAGUAUCAAAAUUUAAAGAAGAUGACCCUUAUUUAACAAAUCCAGAAGAAGAGGAUCCCGAAGAUUUGGCAGAUCUUGAAGUUCGUGAAAAUGAAAACAUUGUUGCUUAUGUAAUAAAUGAUCUUGAUGAUUCUGAAGUAGUAUAUACUAAUUUUAAUCAUAUAACAUUUCAUAAUUAUGUUAGAACAAGUAAUUUUCUUCAUAAAUGUCCAUUGGUAAUUAAAUAUGUUCAUCCAGAAGCAAGUGAAAAAGAUGGACAUUUUACAUUAGUAGCAAUUGGAUUUUAUGAGCCAGUUAUAGAAUUAUGGGAUGUAAAUAUGAUUAAUUCUGCUGGACCAAUAAUAACAUUAGGAAAAGAAUUAAGUAAGAAACAAAGAAAAUCAAAAGAUAAUUACAACUCAACUCAUGUUGAUGCUGUUACAACUUUAUCAUGGAAUCAAAAUAUGCCACAUAUUUUGGCUUCAGGAUCUAUUGAUAAACGAGUUAUCUUGUGGGAUAUUACAAGUGAGAGUGUUGGAACUUUGUAUGAUUUCUUUAAAGAAGAAAUUCAAUUUGUUUUAUGGCAUCCUUUAGAAGUUAGUAUUUUAUUAGUAGCUACAGCAACAAAUAAUAUUUAUGCAAUCAACUGUUCAACUGAUAUGACAGGAGAGGAAGCUAUUAAUUUUACUAUUGAUGAGGAUAAUACAUUAGAAUCAUUAGAUUGGGAUAGACAAAAUCCAUUUAUUUUUUAUGCAUCUUCAACACAAGGUUUUAUUUAUACAUUUGACAGUAGAAAAAAAGGAAAAUAUCAAAGUGUUAUAAAGUCUCAUGAAGCAUCUACUAAUGUUGUAUUAUGCUCUAGGAAAAUAGGUGGAAUGGUUUUGUCAGCUGGUGAGGGAAAUGUGAUGAUAUGGAAAGCCAAUAAUGAUGGUGUUUUAACAAAAGUUUAUGAAGUUAAAUCACUUGUUGGAACUGUUUUUAGUGCUGAUUUUUGUCCUGAAAAUCCAAAUAUUGUUGUGUUUGCUGGAAAUGAAGGUGAACGUUUACAAUUCUGUGAUUUGUCUACUUUUAGCGAAAUUGUUGAAGCUUUUUCUUAA